UCACUUGGUGAUAGGAGUAUUGCAAUAGAUCAAAACUACCAGUCUCCUCAUGUCCGUAUGAGAUGGAAAGUUCAAAAAAACUUGGAAUAGAUUACAUUUAUAUGUAGCCUAAAAUGAGCUAAUAGAUCAAAGGUCAAUUAAAGGGGGUAAUGUAUAGAAGGAUUAGAAGGCCUGUACUGUCGCACAGAUAGAGUAUGGAAUUAAGAGUGAGAAGCUUCAGCAAAGGACAUUUUCUGUACACAUUAACCCUACUGGCACCUUGUUGACAGCCGGCAGUGCUCUCUCGAGGCGCUUUCGGCCACAGCCGUCGGCUUCAGGCUCCGAGGUCGACCGAUGCGAUUGUGCACCUCACAUGUUGCCCUUCUGCAAUGCCCUAUCUCCCAUCACAAUCUCGCAUUUUCGCAAUCAAGCCCAACUCUCGAACCAACCAUAAGAACCUCCAGCGCCCUUGCUUAGUCCAGAAGCUUAUUGAUCUCUGCUCACACGGCCACAUCAAACAAGCGGUUGAUUCUCUGUACUUGUUAGCUCGUAAAGGCCUGCGUUUAGACUCCAAAACCAUAGGUUUUCUCUUACAACAAUGUGCUGACUCGAAAGCUAUUAAACAGGGGAAAUGGAUCCAUCUUCAUCUCAAACUCACAGGUCUAAAGCACCCAAGCACAUUCAUAGCCAACCAUUUGAUCAAUAUGUAUAGCAAAUGUGGUGAUCACGUCGAAGCACGGAAAGUGUUUGAUAAACUGACCACAAAAAAUAUCUAUUCUUGGAACACAAUGCUCUCUGGGUAUGCUAAACUAGGGAUGGUAAAGCCUGCCCUAAAGCUGUUUGAGAAAAUGCCUGAAAGGGACAUGGUUUCGUGGAACAUCAUGGUCAUUUCGUAUGCACAAAUUGGAUACUUGGACAAAGCUAUCCAAUUCUAUAGAGAGUCAAGGAUAACAAAUUUCAUGUUGGACGAGUACAGCUUUGCUGGGGUUGUUAGUGUCUGUGUCAAGGCAAAGGAGUUGCAUUUGACAAGGCAAGUUCAUUGCCAGGUGUUGGUUUCUGGAUUUUUAUCGAAUUUGGUCCUUCCCAGUUCGCUUCUUGGUGCAUAUGCUUCAUGUGGGGAGAUGGGAGAAGGUAGGAGGCUGUUUGAUACAAUGAAAAUCAGGGACGUUCUCACUUGGACCACAUUGGUUUCAGGAUAUGCAAAAUGGGGUGAAAUGAAAUCAGCUAGAGAAGUGUUCAAAAUGAUGCCUCUGAAGAGCCCUGUGUCUUGGACUGCUUUAAUUUCUGGUUAUGUCCGAAAUGGUUUCUGUGUUGAGGCCAUUGUCAUCUUUGGAGAGAUGAUGAAGAGUCAAAUCAAACCAAACUGGUUUAACUUUAGUAGUUGCUUAUCCGCUUGUGCCAGUAUAUCAUCACUUGUUAUUGGUAAACAAAUUCAUGCCUUAUUGAUAGUAACUGGAAUGAAACCUAAUACAAUUCUAUUAAGGUCUCUCAUCGACAUGUAUUCAAAAUGCGAAAGUUUGGAAGAUGGGGAGAGGGUGUUUAAUGUUCUGGGUGUCAAUCAAAAGGCAGUAUUUGGAUCACAGUGAUAUGUGCACUCUCACAGCAUGAUGAUGGUCAGAAAGCAUUCUGACUAAUUUGAAUCUUGUGUAAAAUGAGAUAGAGGAUUACCUUUCUCAUAAACCUCACCCGGGGCUUGCCUUUUUUUUUUAUAAGCCAUUCGUGCACAUGAUAUUGCUCUACAGCAUUAGGAUCGGAUAUUAAGAAUUAUGUUGGGACUAAUUCAAUCCCAAAAGAGCUUUCAAAAGAUGAGGAUUGUUGUUGAACACUUAUUAAAGGACUAUUCGUUCUGUUUAUAUAGGACCCUCUCCAAUAUUACACUUGCAUAUUUGAUCUUCUGGGCAGAACCAGACAUUUUGAUCUCCUGAUACAUCAUAUUAGAAAGAUGCCUUAAUGACAUGGUGAUGAUUGUUUGGAAUGCCUACUUGGUGUGCGUAGGAUUGGCAAUGAUGUAGAGUUUUCCGCAGAAAAGCAUAUUUACAUGCCCCGUCUACUUAUAUGUUACUGUCGAGUAUAUACGCCUCUCUUGUCUUGGAAAUAGGAGUAUGUAGAGAAAAGGGCAGUGCGCUUAUGAAUGAGUUCUGGUAAAAGAAACAUUUAGGCCAAUUGGUGGUUUACUCCUUCGUCUGCUUGGUUAGCAAAUUCACUGUAAAUUGUGUCUAUUUAUGCAAUGUUAUACGGAGUAACUCAUAAGCCAUAACUUUUAAAUGCAAGCAUACCCAAUUUUGGAAUCUUCUAGCUACUCAGAAUGAAUGAUCAUCAUUUCUUAUAAAUGCUUACACCUUCCUCU